AUGGGGUGUUUUUCAUCAAAAGAAAAAAGAAGCUCAAGGAGACACGGAGCUGGAGGUCAAAGAGGGAGAGGCCCGAUUGUACCCAAUUCACCUCCUCGUGUAUCUCAGCCUGCGUCAGUGAACCAACGAAGGGUUCAAGCAGAAGCCAAACCUGUUUCUCCCUCAAAGAGAACAAGCAAUGAAGUAGUUAACAACCAACCUCCGACCAAACCAGCAGCCGGAAACAAUAAUAUUGCAGCUCAAACUUUCACUUUCCGGGAGCUGGCUGCUGUCACCAAGAACUUCCGGCAAGACUCCCUCAUUGGUGAAGGUGGAUUUGGACGAGUUUACAAGGGAAAACUCGCUAAAACAGGCCAGGAAGUCGCUGUGAAGCAAUUGGAUCGCAACGGGUUGCAAGGAAACCGUGAAUUUCUAGUGGAGGUCUUGAUGUUGAGCCUUCUUCAUCAUCCGAAUUUGGUGAAUCUAAUAGGAUAUUGUGCAGACGGAGAUCAAAGACUUCUUGUCUACGAAUAUAUGUCUGCAGGAUCGCUGGAAGAUCAUCUACUCGAUCUUCCACGGGGGAAAGCGCCACUUCCUUGGUACACGAGGAUGAAAAUUGCAUUAGACGCUGCAAAAGGUCUAGAAUAUUUGCACGACAAGGCUAACCCUCCCGUUAUCUACCGUGACUUGAAGUCUUCCAACAUCUUACUCGAUCAAGAUUUCAAUGCCAAGCUCUCGGAUUUUGGGCUAGCAAAACUUGGACCCGUUGGGGAUAAAACACAUGUGUCAUCACGAGUGAUGGGAACUUACGGAUACUGUGCGCCUGAGUAUCAACGAACGGGUCAAUUAACUGUUAAAUCCGAUGUCUAUAGCUUUGGAGUUGUUCUGUUGGAGCUCAUCACCGGAAAGAGAGCCAUCGAUCCCACAAGGAAAAACGAACAACAAAAUCUUGUUUGUUGGGCGGAGCCAAUUUUCACGGACCCACGGAGGCUAACGGAACUGGCGGAUCCAUUAUUGAAAGGAAACCAUCCGGCGAAAGGUUUCAACCAAGCAGUAGCCGUCGCAGGCAUGUGUGUCAACAACGACGCGUCGGUGCGACCUUUGAUCAGUGACGUAGUCACUGCGCUUACUUUUCUCGGAGAGGGAAACGAAGACAACAAAGUAGAACUAAUCGAUUCUCCAAGUCCAACCGAAGCAUCUCGACCUUCAUCACUUAAAAUAAAAGCAUCCGGUAGUGAUCGAGAAAAAGCAGUAGCGGAAGCCAUGGAAUGGGGUACGAGUUCAAGACCAGGUGGUGGAAAGAAACCGAGGGCUUCAAGAUCAAUGCGUUAGAUCUUCAAACAUAAAUUUCAGUUGUUUGAGUCGGUUUUUGAUUGUGAAUAUGUAUACUAAUUUAUUAACCAAAAAGGGGGACAUACUUUCAAUCAAUUUUGUAAAAUUAAAAACGACCACGAAAUAUUCAAAACGUACAUUUUAUUUGUGAAGAAUUGGGGAACCUGAGUAUCAGCUCUGUGCAGCAUUCAUAUUGAUGUGCCCAUAUUUUUGCAUGACCUUCUUAGUUGCAAGAGCCGCAGCCUCACUUGCACGAAAUGUUCCAGUCGCCAUGAUUGCAGCAAACUCCUUCCCGAUUUCUUCCUGCAACUUGCUUCUAGCAUCUCCAAGAGGAUCCACUUUUGGCUUUGCAUCUUCAUCUUUCCCACUAGUUUGCUCCUUUGAGGCUUGAAUUUUACUACUUUCUGUAUCUGUUGACCGGUUGACUUGGUUUGUUACUGGAGAUUGCCUGAACUGGGGAGCUUGGGGGACUGCACCCGCUUUCAAUGUAGUCUCUAGAUUUUGUAUCAUGGGCACUGCAAAACACAUCCACUUGUUAACAACUUUUGUUUUUUUAUAUCAAGGUUAAAUGCAAGAAAUAGCAAUGUACUUUCCUUGAUUUGUUUAUUAUAGAAUUCUAACAAAAUUGUACUUUGGAAAA